CUUGUCAUCACAAUAUCUGUUGUACUCAUUCUUCUCAUUGUUUUGCUUAAAAGGCAAGGUAAGUUUCUCUGUCAAGCAAGCUUUGAUUAUAUAUCUAUUGACAGCAGGAAAAGUGUGAUGUGGUGGAGAACUCUGCUUAUGGUGUCCAUGUUCAAGGCUCAGCUGGUGAUAGACUGGAGCCAGACUACAACAUGGAGAACAACCCACUGUAUGAGAUGAGGAUACUGUCAAAUGAGGGACACUCACACAA